GAGCCGACCCUGAGCCCAGGGUCUCGCCGUGGGAACUACAACCUGGAGGGGGUGUCGGUGAAGAUGUUCCUGCGGGGCCGCCCCAUCACCAUGUACGUGCCCUCGGGGCUGGGCCCCGUCGGGGGGCUCCGGGCAGAGCUGCCCCCCGAGCGCCUGCAGCUCGACUGGGUUUACGGGUACCGGGGCCGGGACUCGCGCUCCAACCUGCACGUGCUGGGCUCGGGGGAGCUCGUUUACUUCAUCGCCUGCGUGGUGGUGCUGCUGCAGCUGCCGGCCCGGAGGCAGCGGCACUACCUGAGGCACAGCGACUGUGUGCGAUGCCUGGCCGUCCAUCCCGACCGUCUCCGCGUGGCCACGGGACAGGCGGCCGGAGUCGACAAGGACGGGAAGCCCCUGCAGCCCAUCGUGCACAUCUGGGACUCGGCCACGCUCCUGACGCUGCAGCAGAUCGGCCUCGGCACCUUCGAGCCGGGCGUGGGGUCCUCGCCUCUCCACGGCCGUGAGACCAGGGCGCGUCUCCUGUGCGUGGUGGACGAUUCCAACGAGCACAUGAUGUCGGUGUGGGACUGCGCCCGCGGCACCAAACAGGCCGAGGUCAAGAGCACCAACGAGUCGGUGCUGACGGUGGAGUUCAACCCCCUGGACAGCAGCAGCAUCAUCACCAGCGGCAAAUCCCACGUCUACUUCUGGACCUGGAGCGGGAACACCCUGACCAAGAAACAGGGCAUUUUUGGGAAAUACAAGAAGCCCAAGUUCAUCCAGUGCUUCAUCUUUGACGCCGCCGGUGAUGUCCUGACGGGGGACUCUGAGGGGAACAUCCUCACCUGGACCCGCACCCGGCCAAGGGGGCAAAGCAGGGGCUCACCCUGGGCUGCAGAGUCCUACCAGAUCGGGCAGCAGACGCGGGCACACGAGGGCAGCGUCUUCGCGCUGUGCCGGCGCCGCGACGGCUCCGUCCUGAGCGGAGGGGGGAAGGACCGGAGGGUGCUGAGCUGGAGCCCGACGCUCACCCUGCUGCACGAGGUCGAGCUGCCCGAGCGCUUCGGGGCCGUGCGGACGAUCGCCGAGGGGCCCGGGGACGAGCUGCUGGUUGGGACCACCCGCAACGCCCUCUUACAGGGCACGCUGAGCUCGGGCUUCACCCCCAUCGUCCAGGGCCAUACGGACGAGGUUUGGGGUCUGGCCACCCACCCCAGCUCCUGCCGCUUCCUCACCUGCGGCCACGACCGGCAGCUGUGCCUGUGGGACGGCAGCGAGCACGCGCUGGCCUGGAGCCUGGCCCUCGAGGACACCGGGCUCUGCGCUGACUUCCACCCCGGGGAGGUGGUGGCCGUGGGGCUGCUCACGGGGCGGUGGCUGGUUCUGGACACGGCGUCCCAGCAAACCCUGGCCGGGGCCGACGGGAACGAGCAGCUCUCGGUCGUUCGGUUCUCCCCCGAUGGGACCUUCCUGGCCAUCGGUUCCCACGACAACUUCAUCUACAUCUACUCCGUGUCCGAGGGGGGCCGCAAGUACAGCCGCUUCGGGCGCUGCACGGGCCACUCCAGUUUCAUCACCCACCUGGACUGGUCCAAGGACGGGCGGUUCAUCAUGUCCAACUCGGGGGACUACGAGAUCCUCUACUGGGACGUUGCUGGGGGCUGUAAAUUGCUCCGGAACCGCUUCGAGAGCCGGGACCGGGAAUGGGCGUCCUACACGUGUGUGCUGGGAUUCCACGUGUUCGGGGUGUGGCCCGACGGCUCCGACGGCACCGACAUCAACUCCCUGUGCCGCUCCCACGGCGAGCGCGUCGUGGCCGUGGCCGACGAUUUCUGCAAAGUGCACUUGUUCCAGUACCCCUGCGCCCGCCCCAAGGCUCCCAGUCACGUGUACGGGGGCCACGGCAGCCACGUGACCAACGUGCGGUUCACCCACGACGACGGGCACCUCGUGUCCCUGGGGGGCAAGGACACCAGCGUGUUCCAGUGGCGGGUGCUGGGGGGCGACCCCGACCCGCGCUGAGCGACCCCCGCCCCCUCCUCCUCCUCCUCCUGCCCUUCCUCGCUGCUUCCUCUUCCCCUUCCCCUGCCCGGGACCAAAGGGGGGGCGUUUCCCCCCCCCCGAUUUCGCUGCACUGUGAGAGGCACCAAUAAAGCCU